UUUCUGCUUUAUGGUGCACUCGCUUUCUUUGUACAAAUUAAAACCGUGGAUCAUGUUUCAUCAAACCGUUCACUAGAUCAUGUUUCAUUAAACCUUUAUUCUAAACAGCAGCAUUUAGAGCAGAAUCAUCCAGCACCAGUAUAACCAGGAGCCAAGCAAGAAGACUCGACAAACUUGCGUGUUUAAAUACCACUCAUGAUGGGAAUCAGUGGAGCGUCACCAUGCAGGAGACCAGCACUUGUGUGUGUCAUACUGGUAUCUCUGUCUGCAGUAGCAAUGGCAUGUAGCAGUCAUUAUGAAUAUGCCAUCGAGGAGUUCUGCCUGGUUCAGUUCAAGAUAGACAUGGAAGCUCUGGAUGAGCGCCACUGGUGCAGCUGGGAGGAAACUGUAAAGUCCUAUGGAGAGCUCACAAACUGCACUUUCUUUGUGGCGCUGAAGAUGAACUGCUUUUGGCCAAACAAGCUGGUGGAUGAAUUUUUCAUCCGUGUUCACCGCCACUAUUUCCACAACUGCUUGCCUUCUGGACGACUCCCGCACGACCCACCAAACCAGAUCCUGGGGCCAUUUAUUAUAGUGCCUAUUCUGGUCACACUGCUCAUGACUGCCCUGGUUGUGUGGAGGAGUAAACGCAGUGAGGGUAUUGUGUAGGGCAUGUGCGCCUACCCAAGUGCCCCUCGUAUGAGCCUUGCAGCACUGAGAUGCACAUAACUAAACAGUCAACACACCCAGAGAGCUUGCUGUUAAAACAGAAGGAUCUGCUGAAGAAUAGAGCUUCCAAGCGACUACACACAUCUAACCUGACAAACCACUGGAGACUGUUUUUAAAUGUACUGUGCACAUGAAAAAGUGUAAUUCAUAGGUUUGUGUCAUUCAUAAACAAGGUUCUGGAUGGUUGGACAAUAUAAUGACAGUACCUCACUGGUAAGACAGCUGAAGCAUAGAUUAAACACAGCUUCAAAGCACAACACUGGCUGAACAAUUCUCAUUUAUAAACAGGAAAACCACAGAACUCCAGCACCGUUAUCCAUUUGUGAGGGGCCUGUUUAAUAUUAAUGAAGCCUGGACUGCACUCCUUUUCUUUCGCUUGUGUACAUUAAGUUGCACAUUGUGCAAAAAACAACAACAUUGUGAACAACAAUUCCACUCUACAUGACCUACAACAUUUCAAUUAAAAACUGA